GGAAGCAAGUGGAAAGAUCUCGUAGGUUUCCUCGGAGUCCUUCCACCUAUGCUGGGUCUCUGAUGCAACUGUUAUGGUGCCAUUUGUGAAGGAUCACUGGAUACUGCAUCCUUAAAUGAGCGUAUUUGAUCUGUUUCGUGGGUUUUUCGGGGUUCCCGGUGGUCAUUAUCGUGGUGAUGGCCGCAGGGACCCCUUCUUUGAUGGGAUGAUUCAUGAAGAUGAUGAUGAAGAUGAAGACGAUGACAGUGGAUUCCACUACGACGACUUUAAUAGGCCACGUCAGGACCCAUUUGAUGAUGCCUUCAGAUUUGGUUUCAGCUUCGGGCCCGGCGGGAUGCGCUUCGAGGAACCUCAGCUGUUCGGCCAGAUCUUUAGGGACAUGGAGGAGAUCUUUGCUGGUCUAGGUCAAUUUGAUGAGCACCAUGGCUUUGGACGUAAAGGUGUCCCAUCAAUAGAAGCUCCGCCUCCUCAGGAAGGUGUCGAGAAAGGCAGGAGUGGAGCAGGAAGUAGUAACCCGUUCAGAGAUUUCAUGCUGAAGUCUCCUGAGAGCUCGCCCAACAAUCCACCCCUCCCUCCCCCCUCUGUGGCACCAAAGGACAAGGAUUCCUCAUCUCCACAAGGUCCCAGCAGCCCCUUUGGUCCCCAGUGGAGACCCUUCUCAAAGUUUCAUGAUCUUUGGAAAGAUAGUCUAUUAAGUCCGAAGGAGAAUGAGAAAAAAGAGGAUGGAGAUCUGGACUCACAGGUGUCUUCAGGUGGGCUGGAUCAGAUCUUGACUCAAGCACCUUCACAGCCAAAGACGAGGUCAUUUUUUAAGUCCAUCAGUGUCACCAAGGUGGUCAGACCAGAUGGAACAGUAGAAGAAAGGCGAACAGUCAGAGACGGUAAAGGUAAUGAAGAGACUACAGUGACCAUCUCGGGGGGUCCAGGUGGCCAAGAUGGGCCACAAGAUCAGUCUGGUCCUCUCAUGCCAGGUGGUUCUGACAUGCAGGAUGAUUUCUCAAUGUUUUCUAAGUUCUUCAGAGGUUUUCGAGGCUGAAAGUGCUCUGGACACAAACUGAAGGACAGUCUCUUUCUCAGCAAACCCACCAACUGCAAGCUCCAAUAAUAAUUAGUACAUUUUGAUUGAAUUCUUCAGUGUGUAUGUGGAGAUCCAGUCUUGAUUAUGUGAGCGAACAACAAUUAUUUGCUGCCACAAAAUGACACUAUAACUCUGCCUACUUCUUUCUUUUGAAUAUAAUUUCCAUUAAAGGAUAUAUAACUAAUUAUAUCAGUAUCCUGAACUUUGGGUCAGUUGUUGAAGCCAGUGUUCUGAAAUGGACUGCCACAUUUUUAGUUUGUGGGUAAAGAAGGUCCAUUGGAUUUCAUCACGGAAUCAUACUGCAGAUGAUGGACCAGAGUAUAAUAUAUAUAUAAACUCUAUUUUUAACGGUGUUAUUGCUCUGAGUGAAAUAAAGAAAAAAAAGAAA